UGCGUUUAUAUAAACACACGAGGUCGUGGGUAGACUAGUCUCUCAGAGAUCCCGUCAAUCUGAAUAUCGACUCAUAUCCGUCUGUGAAACUUAGGUUCAGUCAUCUUCCUCCAGAGAAACAUCGACGAUAUCAAGCUAUGGCUGUUACCGGCUGCUCUCAGUGCAUCAAAUAUAUGCUCUUCUUCUUAAACUUCAUUUUCUGGCUGGCUGGCGGUGUGAUUUUGGGUGUAGCUCUAUGGCUUCGUCAUGACAGUCAAACCAGCAACCUCCUAAUGCUCCAGCUUGAAGGGAAUCAAGCACCAGGAACCUUUCAUAUCAGUGUGUAUGUUCUCGUAGCAAUCGGGGCUAUUAUGAUGUUUGUGGGGUUCCUGGGUUGUUAUGGAGCUAUUCAGGAAUCUCAGUGUCUCUUAGGAACGUUCUUCACAUGUUUAGUGAUCCUCUUCGCCUGUGAGGUGGCAGCAGGAAUUUGGGGCUUUAUUAACAGGGACACGAUCUCCACUGAGCUCAUUAACUUCUAUGAUGCUGCAUACAUGAAAGCUGUGGAUCCUGUGGAAACGACAUCCAGACAGGCAGCAUCCAAAGUCCUGGCGGUCUUCCAUGACACGCUGGAGUGCUGUGGUAAAGGGGAUGAUAAUCAACUUUUCAAAGCUGUCCAGUCCUCUCUGUGUCCCGAAAAGACCGUCCCAGUUGACCCACUCAUCUCUCAGAGUUGUCACAUGAAGCUAAGGGACCUGUUCACUGAGAAGCUCCAUGUCAUUGGAUUGGCCGCCCUAGUGAUUGCUGUCAUUAUGGUUUUUGAGAUGAUCUUCACCAUGGUCCUCUGCUGUGCAAUCCGCAAUGCUCCUGCGUAUUAAGCUGCUGGAUGAUGACCAUCAUGAUGCAUUUCACUUCUCCAUUUCCUCUCUUUUCAAGUUCAAGUGCCACACACUGAACAUUGAUCCCUGUGUCUGUAGAGAGGACUUCCAAUGGCAUCAGAAUACAACACCAAGGGCUAUUAUUAAUAAUAAACCGAUAUCAGGGAGGAGGAUUCAUGUGAUUGACAGUAGUAUGGAUAACAUUGCUUUUAUGUUGUAUUGUUUUACUUUUAUUUAAUCAUUUUAUUAGAUUUAACUCUUGAGACUCCUGUUGUACAACUUUUAGUUCCUUUUAGAAUGUGUGCUUGUUUGCUAAAUAAAUCAUUGUGAUGUUUAUUUGGAGAUAAAUGUUUUGAAUCCGUUAUGCAAUGUAAAUUUUGUGUCUUCUGAGAAUACAUAUCAUGCAAUAGACUUUACCAACCCAUAAUAAUGACGUCAUGAUUAUCGAAGGAUAGCCCACAUGAAACAAAUCCAACUUUCAAUGAGCCUGUGGUAUUUAAAUUUUUUGGACACUUAGUUUAUUUCUAAUAAAACUUCUAUUUAAACAAA